GAGAGCGAGAGAGAGAGGGGGGAGGGAAGAAGCUCUCUGUAUGGCUGUGAUAGUCUCUCAUCCUGGAUACUGCCUUUCCUCUCUGGUUUUGUCCCUUUCACUGGCCACCCUGUGUCCCCAGGAGCAGGCAGCGGUGUAGCGGCACACGGACAAGUUGUUAGCCACGGAUGAAGCUGGGGAUGAAUCAUCCCCAAAAAAGAGCUAUUGAGAUGGCAGUGUGUGCGUCUGCCUGGAGGGAGGAACGCGUCAAGCUUUCUCAAGCAAGCAGCAGCCUGCAGUGUGUGCCUGCUUGAGAACCAGCCCUCCUCGACUGUGUGUGUGUGUGUAUAUUCCUGUGUGGGGGUUUGUGUGACGGGUGUGUAUAACGAGUGCUUGUGUACAGUGUAUGUGUGUGCGCACUCUUGCUCGCAAGCCUCUUCCCUUCCUGGAGGAGAGGCUCUCCUUUUCAGCGAACCGCAAGGGCCGACUUGAGUUUUGCAAGCUGUCAGUCUUCUGGACCUGACGAUGUUUCGUAAGAAGAAAAAGAAGAGGCCAGAGAUCUCAACACCAAAGAACUUUGAGCAUCGGGUGCACACCUCGUUUGACGCCAAGCGGUGCUGCUUUGUGGGCCUGCCGACCCAAUGGCACAGUCUGAUAGAGAACCUCCGUAGGCCCAAGCCUAUGGUGGACCCCUCCCGGAUCACCUCCGUGGAGCUCAAGCCAAAGAAGACCAUCGUGCGUGGGAGUAUGAUCGGUCAUGGAGACUACAUCUCAACCAUGAUCUCCGACAUGAGCAGGUUGUCCGUGACCAGCUCCAACUCCCUGAGGAAGAGCAGCCCUUCGGCCAGGAAAAGGGCCCAGUCCCUGGGCAGGCUGGGGGAGGUGAAGGAGGGGGACACCUACCAGUAUGAAGACCUGGGAGAAGAUGAGCUGGAGCAGCAGCAGUGGAGAGACAGGGCUCAUAACAUCCACAGUGAGAGUGGGACGAGUAUCACCCUACAGCCGAACGGAGUUCUCCCCAGGGCCAAGUCCACCUAUGAAGUGAGCAUCAGCUCUCUGGAGGGACCCCUGGCUCCAUCCCAGCCAAUGCAGGUGCCUAUUAAGGGGGCUUAUGUCAACUGUGAGGUGGGUAGCCCCACAGAGACACUGAUGGUUAAGAGAGACUUUCAGGUGCCCAGGGUUAUGCCACAAAAACAGAGGCCCAUCUCAUUCUUCUUCAGCCCAGCCAUGGCUGUCCAGCAUACCGACCAUGGGGGUCAUCCCUCUCCGGAGUACAGCACCAACCUCUACAUCCACUCCCACAACAGCCCUGGCAGACCAUACUCCUCCUACGACCUGAAGGAAGAGUCGGCUCUGAGGCACCACCAGUCAGGCUUCCUACCCAGCACCACCAGUAGUCCCUUCAUGAGUGGCAUCAGACCCCACAGGACGGUACGCUCCUCAGCCAGCUACACCCUGGGACUGUCUCCCAACAUGGGGCUGAGACCCAACGGCCCUGACCCCUUUCCGCGACACUCAGGCUGCCCUAAUGCUCCCUUCCCCGGGCAGGACAGCCCCUCCCAGCUCCGGCCUUCCCCCACCGGCUCCCUGGACUACAGCCCCCCAGGCACAUGUUCCCCUGCCUUCAGACCCCCUCAGCACCCACAGAGGCCGCCACCAGACCCCCCCAAGGUGACCCAUAAACAGUUUAAGGCUGCCCUGAACAUGGUGGUGGACAAGGGAGACCCUCGGUCGUACCUGGAGAACUUUGUGAAGAUUGGAGAAGGGUCCACAGGGGUGGUGUGUAUCGCUCGGGAGAAACACAGCGGCAGGCAGGUGGCCGUGAAGAUGAUGGACCUGCGGAGACAACAACGUAGAGAGCUGCUUUUCAACGAGGUGGUGAUAAUGAGGGACUACCAGCACAGGAACGUGGUGGAGAUGUUUAAAAGUGCCAUGGUAGAGGAGGAGCUCUGGGUCAUUAUGGAGUACCUACAGGGUGGAGCACUAACCAACAUCGUGUCUGAGACCAGGCUGAGUGAGGAGCAGAUAGCCACAGUCUGUGAGGCUGUGCUGCAAGCCCUGGCCUACCUUCACUCCCAGGGGGUUAUCCACAGAGACAUCAAGAGUGACUCCAUACUGCUAACACUGGAUGGGAGGAUCAAGCUGUCCGACUUUGGGUUCUGUGCUCAGGUCAGUAAAGACAUCCCCAAAAGGAAGUCUUUAGUGGGAACACCCUACUGGAUGGCUCCGGAGGUCAUCUCUAAAUCACCAUACAGCACUGAGGUAGAUGUGUGGUCUCUGGGUAUCAUGGUAGUUGAGAUGGUGGAUGGAGAGCCCCCCUACUUCAGUGAGACCCCUGUUGCAGCCAUGAGAAGACUGAGGGAUGAGCCCGCUCCCACUGUACGGAACGCAACACAGGUCUCCCCGGUGUUGAAGGACUUCCUGGACCGUAUGUUGAUCCGAGACCCAGUGGAGCGGGCCAGCGCCACAGACCUGCUAGAACACCCCUUCCUCCUACAGAGCGGCUCCCCGCAGUGCCUGGUGCCCCUGGUGGAACAGUACCGCAAGCGCAUGUCUCGCUGCUGAUUCCCCCCCCUGGUGGAACAGUACCGCAAGCGCAUGUCUCGCUGCUGAUUCCCCCCCCUGGUGGAACAGUACCGCAAGCGCAUGUCUCACUGCUGAUUCCCCCCCCUGAUGGAACCCUGAUCUGUGAUUACUACUGUACCCUGUGUGACCUGCCCAGGCACAACCCAGCCAGCACCUAUCCCAGUGAGGGAGCAGCACCAGAGAGCAGACCCAGAGAGCCUGGUGCUGCUACAGAGCUCAUGGCAGCAGGCCGGUAGGCUUGGUAGACAGUGACACAGCCUGGGCCUGCAAAUCUAAGAAGCACUUUAGCAGUGAGUUGGCGUAGUGUUACGGAAGCAUGCAAACAAACAGUAUUCCUCACUCAUCUCAACAACGUCUGGGCCUAUCCAAUGGAAUUCCUCUCGACAUAACAACAAUCUAACAUUGGUGCAUUAUAUAAAACUUGAAAUCCAAGGGAACUGUAAACUGUAGCCUAUUGUGAACCUUUACCGUAAUUGAGCAGUUUCCCAUCGUAGUGUUUGGAUAUUAGUUGUGUAUUUUCAGCUUGUGCUAUAGGCUCAAACUGAGGUAGCUCAUGACUUUGAGAGAAGCGUAAUGUUACAUACCUCUACAACCAUAUGGGACACUGACUGAAGUUCAGUGAAACCUUGCACUUUGUCAGUGAACAAUUUGCAUGGCCAAAUGUAGGCACACCUGGCCUGAUCGGAAUGUUUGAAACGUGCUACUGAGAGAUGACAUGAGAGACAUCCUCCAACAUCACCAUGACAAAUGUGUAGAUGGGUUGGCUGUUUGUUUUUAUUGGGCUCAAUGAAUCAUAUUCCUUUUAAUAUUUAUCCUAUUUUGCUUUCCGAAAGGGGUUGUGAACUGUUUGUAGCCUAAGAUGUGAAAUUGCAAAUAAGUUAAAAUUUUAGAUUAUCAACUUGAAACGUAGCGGUUGAACAAAUAAUGUAAAUACAGAUACUGUAUAUUAGGACUUACUACUUGCAGAGCCAUUGUAUAGUUAGUUAUAUGGGAUGAAUUUUAAUUAAUUUUGAAAGUGUGUGUGUUUACGCUUGGAUGCUGUGUUGGUGUUGCCUCAAACAUCCCUUCCACUGUGUUGUGACUGACUUUUGAAACUACAGGAUGUGUUUGUUGCUACUGAACAUGUGUUUGUGUGUGUGUGUAUGUGUGUGAAGUAUUUGCAUUGGUUUGAAUAGAUAAAGCACACAGGCUUGGCAUGUGAUGCUGAAGAACAUCCACCAGCUGAGAGCACAUUGCACAUUGUCUUUGUAUUCUUACCAGUGACACAACAUAUUUCAUGUAUUUGUAUUUCUAUGUCGGACAUUCAUGAAAAAGAGAAUUAUACAUCAUUUACAUUUUCUAAAAAUCAAUAAAUAAUGCAUAUUGACUCUUGA